UUUAGAGAACUGGAGACUCAGUCAGAGAAAUGACUGCAGCAGGAAAACUCAUCAUCGUUUACUGCCUGGUUCACGAGAAUUCUCCAUCAGUCUACCAGAGCGUGUAGAAGGUCUGAGAGGACUCUGUGUUCUCGUACCCUGCAGUUUUGAGAUUGAGGAGCAGUAUGAUGAAGAUCUUCAGGGAAAUCCUGCAGGAAUCUGGUUAAAAGACGGCACUAAUCAUAACUAUUAUAAAGUCUUUAACUCUGGAGAACCUGCAGAGAACACGAUUAAAGGGAAAAUAACAGGAGAUCUCCUCAUGAAGAACUGCACCACCAUCUUCUAUAACAUUAGAAGGCAAGACAGUGGAGUUUAUUACUUUAGAUUAGAAGCUGCAGGACCACUGAGAAACACGUACACAUCUUCAUCAGUGUCAGUGAGAGUUGGAGCCUCUCCAAUCAGUCCAUCAAUAACACUGUAUAAGGAGGAUCAGGAGAAGCUGGAGGACCAAAAGCAGGUGCUGGAGGGAACUUCAGUGAGGCUCAUGUGCUCAGCUUCAUCUCCUCCAUGUCUCCUAAAUCCUUCCACUUUCACAUGGAACUUCCUGCCUGAGGAGGGAAGACAGGAACAGAACCACAGGAGCAGCUUCAGCUCCUCUCAGCUGAACUUCAAAGCUACUCACCUUCAUCAUGGACGUGAUUUCACCUGCACCGUCACCUACCAGCUCCAGAACUUCAACAAAUCAGAACAGAGCUCUUUUACUCUACAUGUUCUGUAUGGUCCUAGAAACACCUCAGUAUCAGCAUCUCCAUCUGCUUCAGUGCUUCUGGGCAGUUCAGUGUCUCUGAGUUGCAGCAGUGAUGGAAACCCAGCAGUGCUGAACUACACCUGGUACAGAGAGAACGGAGAGCAGAUAGGAACCGGAAACCAUCUCACCAUCAACACCACUGAUUCUCCACACAGUGCUUUAUACUACUGUAGAGCUCAGAACCAGCAUGGAGAUCACAACUCCUCUAUCCACCUGGAUGUUCUGUAUGGUCCUAGAAACACCUCAGUAUCAGCAUCUCCAUCUGCUUCAGUGCUUUUGGGCAGUUCAGUGUCUCUGAGUUGCAGCAGUGAUGGAAACCCAGCAGUGCUGAACUACACCUGGUACAGAGAGAACGGAGAGCAGAUAGGAACCGGAAACCAUCUCACCAUCAACACCACUGAUUCUCCACACAGUGCUUUAUACUACUGUAGAGCUCAGAACCAGCAUGGAGAUCACAACUCCUCUAUCCAGCUGGAUGUUCUGUAUAGUCCUAGAAACACCUCAGUAUCAGCAUCUCCAUCUGCUUCAGUGCUUCUGGGCAGUUCAGUGUCUCUGAGUUGCAGCAGUGAUGGAAACCCAGCAGUGCUGAACUACACCUGGUACAGAGAGAAUGGAGAGCAGAUAGGAACCGGAAACCAUCUCACCAUCAACACCAGUGAUUCUCCACACAGUGCUUUAUACUACUGUAGAGCUCAGAACCAGCAUGGAGAUCACAACUCCUCUAUCCAGCUGGAUGUUCUGUAUGCUCCUCAGAUCUCUUCCUCCUCCAGCUGUAACAGCACUCAGGAUUUGAUCGUGUGCUCCUGUGACGUUCAUGGAAAUCCAACACCUAAACUGGAAUGGCAUCUCUCUGGUCAAAAUUCUUCAACCACCAGGGAACAAUCUGUGAACAACAUGCCCUCAAGAAGCUUCAUCUUCAUCCAUCAGUCAUUUGUGGAUGACCUCACGGUGCAGUGUGUUGCCUCCAACACCCUGGGCAUUCACACACAGCUCUUCUAUAUGAAGAAAGUGGCUUAUCACUCUGAAAAAGGUGUAGAUAUUGUCUCAGUGAUGAUUGGUGCUGCUGUUGGAGUGUCAGUGAUGAUGAUGAUGAUGAUGCUGUGGGCUCUGUUCCUGUAUAGAAGGAGACUGAAUGUGCUGCAGUGUGCACGAGGAGACACGGCAGGACUCGGUGCAGAUGAUCGGUCUUUUGGACAGGAAGCAGAUGGAGAGUGUGUGUAUGAGAACAAACAGGUUUCAUCAGAGUCGCUCCAUUACUCCACCAUCAUGUUUCAAAACCGAGCAGGAAAUGAAAUCAGAGGUCUUUCAUCUCACACUGAUUACGCCACCGUCCACCACGACUCCCAGCUCCACAAUCAGGGAGGAGAUUCAGAAACGAUGGCUGAAGAAAGAGCUACAGAGCAGAUCAGACACUCUGAUGGAGAUCAUGCUGGAGAUCAUGCCAUUUAUGCACAAGUUAAACCCCAGAAACGUCAAAAGAUUUGAAAAAAAAAUCACAUUUAAUUGGUAACAUGACAAAAACAUCAGAAAAACAUCAAAUCAUCAUGCACACAUCUGUUUUUUUUUUUUGUGCUUCUGAUUAUAUCAUAAGUUUCUGAUUUUCAUCGUGUUUUCGUAAUAUAUGUUUAUUCCCAUUUAAUCGUUUUCCUGAUUCCUCUUUAAUUCAUGUCUAAACUUUUGUUUGAGAAAUAAACAUGA